AUGACCAUCGAAAACACAUAUUGGAAAAACGUCCUCACGGUCGUCCCUAUUGUGGGUGCGGCCAUCGCGACACUGAGUUAUAUUCUCCGACUGGUAUCCUGUCGCAUCUCCACAGUAGGGCUGAGGCUGGAAGAUCUCUUGAUGGGCAUCGGCUUGAUUCUCUCCUACUGCGCCACCGCUUUUGUUAUCUAUAGGCUCAUGGAUGAUUCAGAAAUUCUGGGCGCCAUCCAUGGCCGCAUCCUCGGCACGGUUCCUGCUUUUCGGAUGGUCUCGAAUUGCCUCAUCGUCUUCAUCGCUCUGUGGGCCGUCGUGGCGCUGCUCGUUAACAUCUUCCAAUGUAAUCCGGUCCAAUUCUACUACGAUAAAACAUUGCAAGGAGGCCAUUGUAUGCAUGGCCAGACCAAAUUUUUUCAGGCCAUGGGAAGCAUCGCCUUAGUGGAGGAUGUGACGAUUUUACUUAUGCCGGUGCCGAUCGUCUGGCGACUGAAGAUCACACUGCGCCAAAAGAUCGCAGUAACUAUUGUCUUUUCGUUGGGAGGAUUGGUCUGUAUCUUCAGUCUGAUGCGUCUCAUUGAAUUCCGUAACUUUGUUGUCACGGACUUAGCCUCAUCCAGUGCUAAAGAGUCGAUCUGGACGGUACUCGAACUCGAUGUCGCCAUUAUCUGUGGUUGUCUCCCUCUGCUCAAACCCCUCCUGGCCGGAUUUCUUGGCACCGUCAAGAGCAUCUCGAAAGGCCAGUCUAAUUCGGGCACAAAGUUAUAUUUUCACACAAGUGGGACGCACAAUCACGACGGAUUCCACAAAAUCAGCGACCCACACAGGGCGACAGCCAGCCAAAGUCGGGAAGUGGCGACGCAGUCCACUCGGCGUGGGAGCUCGGAGAUUGAACUGCAGGGAAUUGAAGUACACACGGCGAUCGAGAGUAGGUCCGAGGUUGCAAAUAAUCGUCAUGCAGUGGAAGGAAGGGCAUGGCCAUUGCCAUAA